AUGGCGGCCUCCUUUGGCGUGUCUCAAGCCUCUUUCCUCUUGCUCCACUUUCGUUCUACAUCAGCAAUCAAAGCCCAGACAGAGAACAAGACAGCGAAAGCCGCCAAGGAGAGUAAAACAUUUCAAGCAAUCCAAGAGGAGAGAAGAGAAGAAGCUGAAAGGUCUGUUUUGAUCAGCUGUCCGCCUAAGAUAAACGAAAAGAAGUUUUUAGAUUACCUGUCUAAACAUGGGACAGUCAACAAACAUUUCUUCUACAAUAGCUACGGAGCAAAUGCAGUAGUUGAAUUCUCCAGCAGAGAGAGCAUUGCCUCAUUGAAGGAGAGCACUAAUAUACCAGCUGUUGAACAUGAAGCUUCAGUGCCUUUCAAAUCUCGCCUGCUGUCAUUAAAAUGGCCAGGCAGUCAGUCGAGCAAUCAUCCCAUGAUCAAGUUCAAGGAGCAGUCCCCUCCAUCCAUCAAUGAAAUCACUCAGCUGCUCUCGGAAAAGGACAGUAUAGAUGAACAACUGCAGUGUCUGACAGAGACCUUGCAGCUCACAGAAGAGAACAUCAGUCUGCGCUUCCUUGUUUGUUCUCUGCUUCGAGACAUAGCUGGAGCAUAUUUCCCAGAAUGCAUUAUCAGGCCUUUUGGCUCCUCUGUCAACAGCUUUGGCAAACUGGGCUGUGAUGUUGACAUGAUUCUGGACCUUGAUGGGAUCUAUGCAACAAGCCAGAAAAAGGGCUCUGGACUGUCUCUGGAGUACCAGCUGAAGAGAGGAGCAUCUUCCAAUUUUUUUUUUAAACUGGGUGGCGAUGAAGAGUUCAGAACUGCUGUUUCUCUACGGCCAGUUGGACCCUCGUGUUCGGCAUCUGGUGUUCAGCGUGCGGUGCUGGGCUCGGGCUCAUAG